GUCCCGAGGAUGGUACAUGCUUCGAUCCUAGUGAAGUAAUUGAUAAUGGAUACAGAUUUAAGUCUUCUUCCGAACUCAACACUCUGCCAUAUUUUGGUGUCUUUUCUUUAUAUGGAGGAGGGGGCUACGUAUUGGACAUAGGACCGAAACAAUCGUUGGUUACGUACUAUCUGACACAACUUAAGGCAAUAAAUUGGAUGGAUGUGUACACAAGGGCACUGUUUAUCGAUUCCUACGUCUUCAACGCUAAUACAAGGCUUCUGACUCGCCUAAAAGUGGUGUUCGAAAUAUCGGAGUACGGUUCCAUCGUAAUGACAACCAACCCGUACUCGUUCAAUAUCCUUCCAUAUGUUUCAACUUGGGAUUACAUUGUGUUAGCAUGUCAACUACUUUUUAUUGUUGCCUUAAUCUUAAGAAUAUUUGAAUUCAUCAAAAACAUCAUGAAAUUUCGCCUUGGCGCGUUAAAAAUGUUUGUCACCUGGUUGAGGUGUACAGAAAUCUGUUUAUCUAUAUCUUCGAUUGUGUGCUUUAUUUUGCGGAUUGAUCGAAGUCUUCAGGGUUUGGCGGAUACUUCAAACUAUUUAGGUAUAAAUGAUCUUUUGUUGUAUUGCUUGAAAUUGUUUUGUUUGUUUGUGCUUAACCGUCAACAGUUCUUGAUUUGUUUGUCUUUUGUCUUUACAGGAUCUCCCGUAUCCUUUGAGAACGCCAUCUUGUAUGACCAAGUCUAUAAGCAAACCCUGGCGGCUGUAAUGUUUAUCGUGUGGCUGGAUAUGCUAAAACCUCUCACAUUCAAUAGCCACCUUCAUAUUCUCUACUUCUCUCUCACAAAGGGAAGAAAAGAAAUGUUGUCAUUCAUGCUGUUUUUCCUCAUUGCGAUAUCAGCGUUUGCUUCCUAUCUGCAUAUAACUGAUGGAUAUGUAGUAUACGACUUUCGAAGUCCUAUCACAUCACUUUUAACAAUGCUGCAGAUUUUAUUAGCCAUGAUUUCUGUGAGGAAACAUCCAGAACUAUCAUCUCUUCAUUCUCAAAUUGUCAUUUCAGUGUUUGCAUUCGUUAUGACUUUUGUGUUUAUAAACUUUUUCAUUUCUAUGCUGAAUUGUUACUUUUCUAAUGGAAAAGAAAGCCUUACAAAGUCUGGUGACUUCUGUCAAGAAUUAAAUGAACAUUUUUGGAAAAGAGUCAACCAACUUUUCAGUAAAAUAUGGAAAAGUCUGACAUAUCAUAUUGCGCAGUCCCCAGCGAGCCCACUUUACCAAAUGAGGUCUAGUUAUGAAGAUAUUUAA